AUGUUCCCGGCUCAGGAGGAGGCCGACAGGACCGUGUUUGUGGGAAAUUUAGAGGCUCGGGUGCGAGAAGAGAUUCUUUACGAGCUAUUCCUUCAGGCUGGACCACUAACCAAAGUGACCAUAUGCAAAGACAGAGAAGGAAAGCCAAAGUCCUUUGGAUUUGUCUGCUUUAAACAUCCAGAAUCAGUGUCAUAUGCCAUCGCUUUGCUAAAUGGAAUUCGUUUAUAUGGAAGACCAAUUAAUGUACAGUAUCGAUUUGGGAGUUCUCGAUGUUCUGAGCCAGCUACCCAAAAUUUUGAGAACUGUGUUAAGAUAAAUUCACAGAGCUACAGGAAUGAAGAAAUGAUGGGAAGAUCUUCCUUUCCCAUGCAAUUUUUUCCAAUUAAUAAUACUGCUUUACCUCAAGAAUAUGUUUUCUUUCAGAAGAUGCAGUGGUACACCCAAAACCCGCCGCCACAGCUUCCUUACUAUGAGAUGACUGUUUCAGCAUCCAACAGCACAUCUGGGACUUCCUCACACAACCACCUUCCUGCUGUGGACCCUGGACCCAGCUCCUACGAAUGGACACAUCAGCAGCCAGGUGACUCCAACCUUUAUCAGACGAAUAAACGAAAAAGACAGAAGAAAACAAGUGACAGCGACAGUAGUACAGAAAACAACCCAGGAAACAAAUAUAACCAAAAAUUCCGAAAAUGUAAGAAGAAGAAAAGAUACUAG